CUAAAGAGAAGAACUCCUUAUUAUUAGAAUUCAACACAUCCACAGUUGUGAAUAGCAUUACGUCCUCGCCCCAGUACACGUGGUGAAGGAGCAGCUGGACUGGACCAACAAUAUCACAAGGAGUGUUUUCAUCUCAUCUCAUCAUCAAAUGUAAGCUUAAUUCAGAGCAGUUUUUCUUCUAUUUUUUGGACAGGUGACUUUUUCCCUCAGAGAAAGUAUAAUCAAGACAUAAUACACUGAAAAAAAAAAUGGAUUGAAGUGUACUUGAAAAAAAUUCCAGACAUAAAAUCUUAGUAAAUUUAACUAAGUUUACACUAAUAAAUAAUAAUAUAAUAAUAAUAAUAUUAGAAUAAUGAUAGUAUUUUUUAUUAUUAAUCUCAGAAAAAUGUAAGCAAACUUAACUAGCAGUUUUUACAUAUUUUAUGUAUAAUUAUAUUUAAUUUCACUCAAACUUGACUUAACCAAACUAUAAAGUCUCAACACUGUAAAACAGUAUACCUCAUCUGAACAUUAUUAAUGCUACUACUAAUGGUUCCAGCCAGGAGUAACACUAUAAUGAGUGAAUGAAUCCUUCAUACAGAUUGAACGGACAGAACCCAACAUGAUUCAGCAACUAGCUUACAUGCUAAUUCCCUACAUCUGACUGAGAAACACAGAGGGGGAGAACCAAGAAAACUUUACUGAAACACUUGAUCUUUUAAAACAUUCCCUAAUAAAAUAGCUUCAGGCAUAAAGCUGACACAAAACAAGAAAUACUGAAAUCACCCUGUCCAUAUUUACAUGAAUUCAUUUAAUACAUAACUUAAAGCAUGUAUGUAAUUAUUUUUAUGUAAACAAUCACAGAUUCUUUUUUGUCAUAUUUACUGAAUUACUAAAUAAUUAUUUUCAAUGAAUAUGAUCUACUGUAGAGAGACUAUAGAUGAGCUAAUAUGACAAUUCUUUACAAAGACCCACCUGUACCUGGGUGAUGCUAUUCUUAUUAAAAAAGGCACCUAAACUUUACCUACUUUUUGUGCCGCAGUUCGGUUUAAUUACAACCUCAAUUCAAAAUGUUGGGACACUGUGUAUAAUGUAAAUAAAAACAGAACACAAUGAUUUGUAAAUCUCAUAAACCUGUAUUUGAUUCAGAAUAGAACAUAGAAAACAUAUCAAAUGUUUAAAUUGAGGAAAUGUACUGUUUUAAUGGAAAAAAAUAAGGUAAUUUUGAAUUUUAUGGCCACAACACGUCUCAAAAAAGUUGGGACGGGGCAAUAAAAGACUGGAAAAGUAAGUGUUAGUAAAAAGUAACAGCUGGAGGUUAAUUGGGAACAGGUCAGUAAGAUGAUUGGGGAGGUGGAGAGGCGGAGUCUUUCAGAAGUAAAUAUAAGCAGAGGUUCACCAAUCUGUGAAAAACUGCAUCUAUAAUUUGGGGGGAAACUUCAGAAUAAUGUUCCUCAAUGUAACAUUUUGAAGACUAUGAAUUUACAGUACAUAAUAUCAUGAAAAGAUUCAGAGAAUCUGGAGAAAUCUGUGUGUAAGGGACGUGGGUCAAAAUCAAUACUGCAUGGCUGUGAUCUUCGGGCCUUCAGGAGCCACUGCACUAAAAACAGACAUAAUUCUAAUAACGCUAAUUCUAAUGAUAAUGAAAAUCACUGCAUGGGUUCAGAAACACCUCCAGAACUCAUUGUCUAUGAACACAGUUCACCGUGCCAUCCAAAAACGCUGGUUAAAGCUCCAUCAUGCACAGAAGAAGCCAUAUGUAAACAUUCAUCUGUUCAUGUAAGUUAGCUUAUAUUAACAUUCAGUCUCAUCAAAAAAAUACUGUACUUGUGGCAACUUCUGUAUGAUGAAUAUCAAUGUCCUCUCACAAGUGCACAAUGUAUAUUGAUGUGGUUUUGGCUAAUAUGUAACAAAUUCCCCAAAAAUACUUACUCAAGGUGAGCUUUCUCACUGCUAUAAUGAUAAUGAGUCUUUAUUGGUCACAUAUUCAUAUGCACAGUGAAAUUCUUUUCUUCGCAUAUCCCAGCAUGUCAGGCAGCUGGGGUCAGAGGUUGCAAUAUAAAACCCUGUUCAAUAUAAACCUUGUUCAAGUCUACAUCAGUUUUGUUACUUACUCAGGUCGAUCUCCGAGCCUCCAGGACAGGAGCAGCCUCACACCUCAGGAUUACGUUUCGGUCCAAAUUUAAAAUAAUAAACUCUAGUCUUAGUCUAUCAAAGAGGACUCACUAGUCAUUUCUAGAGUUUACAAAUCUCCACCUAAAUGCUUCUGGUUUAUUGCAGAAUAGUUUCAAGACGGAUAACAAUCAUCAAUACAGUAAUUAACAAUAUCUAAUGGCGUAGAUCUUCACCACGGAAAUCUCAGAAUAGAACAAACGGUUUCACACAUAAUAUAGUAUUACCAAGGUACAUCGGAUUCUUCAUGUCAGAAUCAUUGGUAUCCUUAGAAACAAGAUCAAUGUUGACAGGUUAUGAGCUGACCUUCUGAAAAGAAAAAAAUUGAGUACACCUCUGAUAAGCAUUUCUUUAAGCAUAGGUGUGUAUGUUUUUAAGUCACAUGAUGUUAGGCUACUCCACAAUAUCCUGUUUGGUCCACCUGCUGGCUUCAUGAUGCCUCAGUGACCUUUAAUCAGUCAUAUGUCAGUUAUAGCAAAUAAGAAAGCAAGGUUUUUCAGCAUCUUGUUAUUCUAACACUUUGUAUUCAUUCAGUUGACAUGUGUGCCAGAGCUUGGCUUAAAUCAUGUUCAUGUGGGUCAGGAAGUGGUUUUUCACUCAGUAAGCAGAUUUGUGUGCUGGUUGCUUCAUUAACUGCAAUAUUUUCUACAUACAUUUUAGUUCAUAAAGUUCUGUGUAUUCUUAUGACUUUUCUUAUCUGUUUCUGAACAUCUCUAUGGCACUUCCAAAGUCGAGAGGUUGAGAACUCCAUAUCAGAGGCAGGGCCAUCUACAAAAUAUCCAUGUACAGACUGGUCAAAAGUAAAGACCCCAAGUCCUAAACAGACCUGUGGACCACAGCACACAGAAAGAUCCAUCCAUCCAUCCAUAUUUUAUACCACUUAUCCUUUUCUUCAGGGUACACCCUGGACAGGGUGCCAAUCCAUCACAGGGCACAAUCACAUACACACUCACACACCCAUUCAUACACUACAGCACACAGAAAGACAUGCCACUACAGGACACUUUAGACAUGCCAAUCAGCCUACCGUGCGCCCCAAAGAAAGACCAUAAAGGCCAUAAAUCUGCUAACAGCAUGAAGAAACCCAAUACAGAUAAAGUAAACCUUCAAAGAUAUCACCGUGAACAUUCCUGGCCAGAAAAGCCUGGUAGAUUUGUGUCUGAAGGCGUUAGGGAAACCUACACUGAUGACAUUGAGGCUUUAUCUUGGGCUUUAUUUAAUAAUCUUAAAGGUAAAGCAUCUCAGGAACUUAGGCAUCCAGUUAUUUUAAAUAAUGACACAUGCAUAAUAUAUGAUUUCGAAAUAGAAUGGGCGGGUAAUAAGUACAAUUGGUUAAAAUUUAAUUUGUUUACAUCUGAGGAUGACAUUAAUUGUGUUUUAGACAACUGCUAUGAACUUAAGUGCAGUGAAGACAUCCUGAAUGUGAUUGUACACUACGCAAGUGUUGGUGAAAAGGAUCCCAAAUAUUUAAUGUUAAAUGGCUGGAUUUAUAAACUGUAUCCAAUGAAGCUUUAUGUAUUUCUAGUAGGAAAACAACUCACUAGAAAUGAAAAUGCAGAUAAAAUAAAAAAAGUUAUUGAAGGACAGCAUAAGAAGUAUGAAUAUAAAGACAUUCGAGAAGGAAUAAGUAACUGCAAAGAAAAUAGUCAAGAUUUAUAUGUUCUGUAUGCUGAGUAUGCUCAGUACUUCAGAGAGACUUUACUGGGCAUCUAUACACACGGAACUUUUGACCCCAAUAAGGAAGCUUGGUUUACUACAUACUUUUUAGCAACAGUGAUUUCAGAGUCUGCAAGAAAUUUUAGAUCAUUUAUCAUCACACUCAUAGCUUUAGAUCUGAGUCUCAGCCAAAAUCUUGAAACCCAAAACAAGGGCCUCGAGUUUCUUUUAGAGAACCUUCCAAUGGCGAAAGGGGGAACCUGGAUAAACUCUGAUAGAAGGGGGUUUCAUGGGGCAAGCACUGUGGGAGGUGGGAAAAACACAAAACUUAAAAAGCUAAUAGAAGAAGAGGAUAAAAUGUUUGAGACAUGGCUUUCAGUCAGUAGUAAAACAAAGAUUGAUACAGAAAUGAUUAAACGUCUCCUCAAGUUGUUAUAUGGUGAACUCAGACUCAAUAAAGAUCCCUCAGUUCUAGAAACUUUUAUUACAAAUUUUAUAGAUUUUAAAAAGGAAUAAAUUAUUUAAUUCCUCCUGAAUUACUGAGAGGAUUCCUCCAUGAUUUACAACUCAAAUCUUUCUGCACAACAAUGAUGUAAGAUUCAUCAGACAACAUUCAGAAUCUAUAUCUGUACCUACAUGAUAAAAGCUGCUCACCUCUGACACCAUCAGUACAGACACUUGUCUGUUCAGCUUUUUCUACAGACAACUCUAAAAUAUCUAUAAAUCCAGAUGUUCUGUCCUCACUAAACAUGUGGAUUCUGUUUCACCAACACUUUAGUACAUACCCUGAAGAUUUAAGCUUAGGUCUUUGGAAGAAGAGGGGUAUACUUCACUGUACAGACCGGUUUAUGGCUGAAACGUUAUUCUGUUUACAUUUAAAUAAUUUCUUUUCUAAAUUUAUCCCACUGAAAUGCCACGUCUUUAUAGACACUGUAAAACAACAGUGCUUCAUUUUCCUAUUUUUUCCAUCUGAAAUUUUUUUAAACGGUUCAUUGAUGAGACCACACAACUUCAGCAGUUUUAUAUCUAAUGCAACAUUAAAAAUAACACCCAGUACAUCUCUAAAUUUAUCAGUAGCCUCCUCUCUGUAUAUCAUAGAACACUCGGAGCAGUGUGACAUAGCGUCUCUACAGACCAGGUGGAGAAAAGAGUUUCAAUUACGCUAUUCCUCAUUCUGUGUUUACUCCAGCUUUACAGAAUUUCACAGAAUACAUCUGCAGUCUGACUGUCAGCAGCUAAACUAUUCCAGUCUCUAUCUAAAUUAUCCCAGUCUGUAUGGAACUAGAAACAAUUCUAGUCUGUAUGGAAGUAGAAACAAUUCCAAUCUGUAUGGAACUAGAAACUAUUCCAGCCUGUGCAGGAAUGGAAACAAUUCUAUUCUUUGUGGAAAUGAUUCCAGCAGGUUUUAUUUCUGCUGUGUAUACCCCUCUUCUCUCCUUUAUAAAAAGUGAUUCAGGCUUUUAGAACUGUGUACCAUGACACUUUUCAAGAAAUAUACAUUUAUGUAAAAAUAGAUUUUUAAAAAAAUCAAUACAUUUAUUAUAAAUGUACUGAAAUUUUUUGACAGUGAUUUUAAAUAGUUGAUUUUAUAUACGUGGGAACAUUCUUCGCACUGUAAAGUGGUGCUAUCACAUAAAUAGGGAAAGUAUGAGUGGCUCUGAGGGGAGAGCUUUGAGAGGAACCGAUGGCAUUUAAGCCACGGGGGUCAAACUCGAAGUGAAGAUUCCCUUUUCCCCAGAUGCACUUAGUGCUCCCUACUCUCCUCAGUGGACAGGACUCAUGUCAGGUAGGAAAAGUGAAUAGUCCAUGAACAGUGUUUGGAAUAAGAGUCAGAGUUGUUUGGUUGACUAAUGUCAUAUAUAUAUAUGUAUAUAUAUACACACACACACAUAUAUGACAUUAGUCAUAUAUAUAUAUAUAUAUAUAUAUAUAUAUAUAUAUAUAUAUAUAUAUAUAUAUAUAUAUAUAUAUGUAUGUAUAUAUGUAUGUAUGUAUAUAAUGUGUGUAUGUAUGUGUGUGUGUGUGUGUGUGUGUGUGUGUGUUAAAACACAAAAUAUUUGGCCAAAUCUUACUAUCUAAGUGAGUGACUAUCAUAAGAUAGUGCUGCUGCUGCUGUUUCUGCUUGUGUUUUAGAGGAACCACAGAGUGAGGCGUACCUGAAGCUGUUGCAGCUGAAUCGAGAAAAGCAGGUGUUUGCUGCUGACAUCUUUGGCUUUCCACUUCCUCCUAACUGGCCUCACAGUAAUUCUUGGAACUGCCAGUCGCUUUUCUACUACUUCGCAGUCAUAAUAAUCUUUUUUUCUCCCUCUCUCCUUUCGCCGAGCCCCACACGUAUUUACAGAGAUACUGAUCCAGAUCCUUUCUGCCUCUGAUUGGAGCUCAAAUCUUCUCUAAUUCCAGACUGCUGGGACUACAGCUGCUCCUAACGCCAUACAGACUUCAUAUAAAUCCAUAAUGAACUUUUUCACACUAUCUGUUGUGACCCAGAUGAGGACGGGUUCCCUUCUGAGUCGGGUUCCUCUCAAGGUUUCUUCCUCUUUAAACAUCUUAGGGAGUUUUUCCUCACCACCAUCGCCACUCAGUGGCUUGCUCAGUUGGGAUAAAUUCACACCUUUAAUAUCUGUAUACUGUGUUGAUAUUUCUGUAAAACUGCUUUGAGACAAUGUCUAUUGUAAAAAGCGCUAUACAAAUAAAAUUGAAUUGAAUUGAA